GGACCCACCUUCUUUUGUUAAUAACUUAUAACUACCACUCACAUUAAACUCUUCCUCAAACCAUUGACAUUGAAGGAAGCUUAACAAAACAAAACUUCAACCAUGGAGGCACGUAUCUUCCUCAUCUUCAUCAUCUGCUUGUACACAACAAUCAAUACUUGUUCAUCAUCAAGUGAUUUUGUGGAGAUCAUUCCAGUGAAAGAAGAAGCCGAGAAGGUUCAAGUGAAGGUCUACUAUGAAUCACUUUGUCCAUACUGUGAGAACUUCAUCGUCAAUUACCUGAUCGAUGUGUUCUCCGAAGGUAUCGAUGCUAUUGCCGAUGUGCAUCUGUUUCCUUACGGCAACGCUAAGGUCAACUCCAACGGCAACAUCACCUGCCAGCAUGGUGAAGAGGAAUGUUUUUUUAACACUGUGGAAGCUUGUGCAAUUAAUACUUGGCCUGAUGUGCAUGAUCACUUCCCUUUCGUCUACUGUGUCGAAAGAUACCUCUACUAUGGCAAGUUCGAUCAAUGGGAAUCAUGCUUUGAGGAACUAAGUUUGGAUCCAAAACCCGUGAAAGAUUGUUACAGUAACGGGUUAGGAUACCAGCUUAACCUACAAUACGCAGACCUGACAAAUUCUCUUGAGCCACCAAAGAAAUAUGUGCCGUGGGUUGUUGUCGAUGGAAAACCACUUUAUGAUGACUACAUUUACAUUAUAACCAACAUAUGUGGAAUGUACAAGGGCCCCAAUUUGCCCAAAGCUUGUUUUAGGUGUCUUCCAAGCCCCCUUGGUGCCCCUCAUGAUAGAGUGAUCCCUCUUCAUCCAGUUACUUAUGCAGAUGACUCAUCAAGUCCUAUAUUGUCAAAGUUAAGAUCAUCCCUUAUGUCCUUCAUGUUCAAGAGAAACAUUGCAGCACAAAAGAAGGUAGCACACAAUGUACUUUAAACAAAAUGCGAAAUACCCUAAUGUAAAUUUGUGUAAUAUGUUUUUAGAAAAUGCUCUUGUAUGUUUGCACAUGGUUUCUCGGACCAGAGUAACGAAGUGCAAACGUUGUUUCUCGACGGGCAAAUAUUGUGUAUGAUGUAAUUUAAGUUUCAAUAGGGGGAUGGGGGUGUAUUGCUAUUUGAAUAUCGAAUGUUGUACUUUAUAUGUAGGGGACAAAAGCAUACUAUGGUGUAUAUUUUAGUUUGUUAGUUACAAUUAUUAUUAUUAUUGGGCAUGUAUUAAAAAGUUAAAUAACUAGUAUAAUCUUUUAUUAUGUUCUUAA